AUGGCCGAAGAUCAAGGAAAUCCAGAGCACCUGGCUUUUGAGUACGAUCGAGAGCCAGGACGAGAUCACGAGCAGCCAAGACCGAACCUGCCACCCGAGCGAACAAUGCGAGAAUACCGAACUCCAGCUGUGAAUGAGAACUAUUCGGGAAUAAGGAAACCGACGAUAGCCGCAAACAACUUCGAGCUAAAGACGGGGCUAAUCAACAUGGUCAUGGCGAACCAAUUCUCCGGAGCAGCCACUGCAGAUCCAAAUCUCCAUCUUGCCAAUUUCUUGGAGAUUUGUGACACAAUCAAAGUUAACGGUGUUUCUGAUGAUGCCAUCCGGUUGAAGCUAUUCUCAUUUUCUGUCAGAGAUAAAGCGAAGAGUUGGCUUCUGAGUCUUAAUCCAGGAUCACUCACCUGUUGGGAAGAAUUAUCACAAGCCUUUCUGGCACGAUUCUUUCCACCCUCGAAGACCGCACAAUUACGAAGAGAUGUAGGCAACUUCAGACAGAUGAUCCAAGAGCCGAUGCACGAAUCUUGGGAGAGAUUCAAGGACUUAUUACGACAAUGCCCUCAACACGGAUUCAACCCGUGGGAUCAAAUGGAGUUAUUCUACAAUGGGCUCGAUCAACCAGCCCGAUCUUUAGUCGAUGCUGCUUCAGAUAAUAAUUUGCGCAGGGCUCUUCAUGAAAAGGAAAGCAGUAAAAACUCGAGAGCGAGAUUCUUUCUGAUAGCAAUGGGUUGUAGUUUCUGUUGGUACAUAUUCCCAGGGUAUCUAUUCCCCACAUUAUCAAACAUAUCUCUUCUAUGUUUGGCAUAUCCAAAUUCAGUGACAGCUCAGCAAAUAGGGUCCGGUAUGCGCGGACUUGGAAUUGCUUCUUUCACAUUUGAUUGGUCGGUCGUGGCAUCUUUUCUCGGAAGCCCUCUCGUCACUCCAUUCUUCGCAAUCCUUAAUGUGUUUUUAGGAUAUUUUGUUACUCUGUAUAUUAUGAUUCCUAUUUGCUAUUGGGGUUUGAACUUGUACGCUGCCAAAACUUUUCCGAUAUUUUCGUCCCAUAUGUUCGAUCAUAAAGGGCAGGUAUAUAAUGUGUCGGCUAUUGUGAAUGACAAGUUUGAGAUCGACUUGCCUACGUAUGAUAAGCUUGGGCGCAUCAACUUGAGUAUGUUCUUUGCUGUCACUUACGGCCUUAAUUUCGCUGCAAUUGUCGCUACUCUUACUCAUGUCGCUUUCUUCAACGGCAAUGAGAUAUAUGAACGGUUUAAAGAUUCGCACAAAGGGAAGCAGGAUAUACACACAAGGCUGAUGAGAAAGUACGAAGACAUACCGAAUUGGUGGUUUUACGGAAUAUUGGUUAUAACUUUUGGUGUAUCACUUUUACUUUGCACUGUCAUGAUAGAUCAAGUGCAGCUUCCAUGUCCACCACGAUCAAUGUUCAUAGUUCAGUUGGUUGGGACGCUGAUAGCUGGAUUAGUGAACAUAGCGGUGGCAUGGUAUCUGCUAACGAAUAUAGAAAACAUAUGCCAAGAUGAGUUACUCCCACCAAACAGUCAAUGGACAUGCCCAAACGACCGUGUAUUCUACGAUGCAUCUGUUAUAUGGGGACUAGUGGGGCCCAAGAGAUUCUUCGGAACACUGGGUAACUACAACGCACUCAACUGGUUCUUCUUGGGUGGCGCUGUGGGCCCCUUUUUUGUGUGGAUUCUUCACAAGGCUCUUCCGAGUCAGAAAUGGAUAAAGUCGGUUAACCUUCCGAUUCUACUUGGAGCAACCGCUGCUAUGCCACCUGCAACUACGUUAAACUUUAACAGCUGGAUGUUGGUCGGGACUAUUUUCAACUUAUUUGUUUUUAGGUACCGAAAGGCGUGGUGGCAGAGGUACAAUUACGUACUCUCGGCGGCAUUGGAUGCUGGAUUGGCUUUUAUGGGGGUGGCCUUGUAUUUCACCCUUGGUAUUGAGGAGGUGACACUUACGUGGUGGGGUUCUAAGGGAGAGCAUUGCGAUUUGGCCACGUGUCCCACUGCCAGAGGAGUUAUCGUUGAUGGUUGUCCUGUACACUGACUCGUCAUCAUCACUUGGGUUUUCUUUCCUUCUUGUAUAUCUUUAUUUUUUGGGGU